CAUAGUUCCAGCUCCACCCACCCUCUCUCUGUCAUAUCAUACUUGAGCCUGUUUUCUCUUUAUACUCUCAGUUAAUUUGUAAGGAAUAGCUUCAGAGUUUCUACAGCUCUCCAGAUUGUUGAUAAUGGACAAAGGAUUCAUCAGUCCUCCUCCAUAUCCUGGACCAUCAUUGGUCCAAGGCAACCUUUCCUACCCAGUACAGCAGUUUCCUUACCAACCUCAACCAGUUCAAAUGAUCAACGCUUACCCCCCACAACCCACACCAGGGGCAUUCAUGGCAGGACCCACAGUAACCCAAACAGUCCAGGCUGUAUCUCCACCUGGCAUAGUUCCAGUGGGCACAGUUUACACUCAACAGCCUGCACAAGGAACAGUCAUGGCUGCAUCCACUGUGACUCAAACUGUCCAGUCUACAUCUAUGCCUGGUGUAGCUCAAAUGGGCACAGUUUACACUCAACAACCCACACAAGGGACAGUCAUGUCUGCAUCCACUGUGACUCAAACUGUCCAGUCUACAUCUAUGCCUGGUGUAGUCCCGCAGAUGGUAAUGAUUCCCCCACGUCUGACUGAUGUCCCGGGGCAAAUGAAAUGCCCACACUGCCACCAGCAGGUUGUCACAGAAACAACAUUCAUCAAUGGUCUGCUCGUCUGGGGCAUCUGUGUUGGUCUUGGCAUUUUCAUGAUCUGGCCAUGUUGUUUGAUUCCGUUCUGUGUGGAUGCCUGCAAGGAUGUAGAACAUCGCUGUACAAACUGCAAGACCCUCAUCCAUGUGCACAAACGCAUGUAACUUGUUCUGUAGCAAAGAAAAUCUGAACAAAUUACCAAAACACUUAAACUUUAGGAGAAUUUAAGACAACUCAAACCAAAACUGCCUUCAAAUGUUUUGCACUUUGUAUAAAUAAUGAAAUACAAUACAGUCAGGCACAUCUUCACUUCACCUGUACCCCAGUAUCUGCGUCUAUUUGUCUAUUGCAUGCCUAAAACCAAACUGAAUUGUAAUGUAUUGUAUAAUACGUCCUGUGAUUUAGUUUCUGUUUUAUCACUUUCCUUUUUUAUGCAGUUAUGAUGAAGAUGGAUGGAUGGAUGGAUGGAUGGAUGAUAGAUAGAUAGAUAAAUAUUCUAUCAUGAAAUGUAAAAUUUAAAUCCUGCGGGAUCUAAACAUUAAGCAAAAUGUUAAUUUUACUUCUUGUUGCCAUUUUUGCACAACAUAUCAUAAGUUUAAGCUUAUGUUUAUUUGAUUAAAAUGUUGUUUAUCUACAAUA